AUGGCCCCGCCUCCCCAGCCCUACUUCUGCCUGCUCGGCAGCCCUCUUGGCCUGAUAUGUCUGUCCCUCUUGCUCAUCCCCGCCGCAGCCGGAACCUACUGUGAGUGCAGCCUGGGCCUCAGCCGCGAGGCGCUCAUCGCCCUGCUCGUGGUGCUGGCCGGCAUCAGCACCAGCUGCUUCUGCGCCCUGGUCAUCGUGGUGGUGGGCGUCAUGAGGGCCAAUGACUCAAGCACCCCCGGACAAGUGGACAGCAGGUUGGUGGGGCACUACGGGGUCCAGGAGGACCACAUGGAUCUGCACACGGUGCACGUGGAGUCCCACCUCGUGGACCCUGACCUGGAGACCUCUGUGAUGGCGUCCCUGGAAGACCAGGGCCUCGGGGCCGUCCCUGUGGACGCUCUGGAGGAGCCACCCCCACCCCCACCGCCACCU